AUGGCCAUCUCCUUCAUUCUCAUCCAAAACCGGCAAGGCAAGACCCGCCUAGCAAAAUGGUACGGCGCGUACAACGACGACGAGAAGAUCAAGCUGAAAGGCGAAAUCCACCGCCUCGUCGCCCCACGCGACCAAAAACACCAAUCCAACUUCGUCGAGUUCCGGGGCAGCAGCAAGAUCGUCUACCGGCGGUACGCCGGGCUCUUCUUCUGCGCAUGCGUCGACGCCAACGACAACGAGCUGGCAUAUUUGGAGGCAAUACACUUUUUCGUCGAGGUGCUCGAUCAGUUCUUUGGGAAUGUGUGUGAGUUGGACUUGGUGUUUAAUUUCUACAAGGUGUACGCGAUUCUGGAUGAGGUCUUUCUCGCAGGCGAGAUACAGGAGACUUCGAAGCAGGUGGUGCUUACGCGGCUGGAACACCUUGACAAGCUGGAUUGA